AUUCUCUAGAAGCGUCAUUUACGAUUGGUGACUCAAACUCAAUCUACUAAAAAACCUUAUUGGAAGUCUCUAGAACCUAAAGCCUAUUGCACACUCUCUCCAUUACACCAUUAAUUUAAGACCCAUUCCUCCACGCCUUCACUGAGCAACGUCAAUCAUUCGAGAUUCACUGCUUUAUUGAGUUCCAUAACUUCUCUUUCUGUGUGACUGAAGCAUUUGUUUCGAAUGGAUGAGGAUUUUGAUAUUCCGGCGAUGGAUGAGGACAUGGAUCUGCCGGAUGAAAGUCCGAUAAUGAAAGUCGGCGAAGAGAAGGAGAUCGGUAAAGAAGGUUUGAAGAAGAAGCUUGUUAAGGAAGGUGAAAAAUGGGACACUCCUGAACCUGGAGAUGAAGUCGAAGUUCAUUAUACUGGGACUCUGCUUGAUGGGACCAAGUUCGAUUCCAGUCGCGAUAGGGGGACUCCUUUCAAGUUUACUCUCGGACAAGGACAAGUAAUUAAGGGAUGGGAUCAAGGUAUUAAGACAAUGAAAAAGGGUGAAAAUGCCAUUUUCACCAUUCCUCCAGAGCUGGCUUAUGGAGAGUCUGGUUCUCCUCCGACUAUCCCUCCAAAUGCCACUCUCCAAUUUGAUGUUGAACUGCUAUCAUGGGUGAGUGUAAAGGACAUCUGCAAGGAUGGUGGUAUCUUCAAGAAGAUCCUUACCGAGGGAGAGAAAUGGGAAAACCCCAAGGAUCUUGACGAAGUUCUAGUCAAGUAUGAAGCUCGGCUUGAAGAUGGCUCAUUGAUUGGAAAAUCAGAUGGAGUGGAGUUUGCUGUUCAGGAAGGACACUUCUGCCCGGCUAUUGCAAAGGCUGUGAAAACUAUGAAGAAAGGAGAAAAAGUCCAGUUAACUGUGAAGCCACAAUAUGGCUUUGGGGAGAAAGGUAAAACUGCCUCUACUGAUGGAGGAGCUGUCCCACCUAAUGCUACUCUGCAAAUUAACUUGGAGUUAGUCUCAUGGAAGACUGUCUCAAGUGUCACUGAUGAUAAGAAAGUUAUAAAGAAGAUCUUGAAAGAAGGGGAAGGAUAUGAAAAACCCAAUGAAGGAGCUGUGGUUAAAUUGAAAUUGAUCGGCAAGCUGCAAGAUGGCACAGUCUUUUUAAAGAAGGGCCACGAUGGAGAAAAUGAAGAUGACCUUUUCGAGUUUAAGACAGAUGAAGAACAAGUUAUUGAUGGGCUAGAUAGAGCUGUCAUGUCAAUGAAGAAGGGUGAAGUGGCACUUCUCAUAAUUGCGCCCGAGUAUGCCUUCGGUUCAUCUGAAUCAAAGCAAGAAUUGGGUGUUGUUCCUCCCAAUUCAACUGUGUAUUAUGAGGUUGAGCUUAUUUCGUUUGUGAAGGAAAAGGAAUCAUGGGAUAUGAAUACCCCGGAGAAAAUUGAGGCUGCUGGCAAAAAGAAAGAGGAAGGAAAUGCGCUGUUUAAGGCUGGUAAAUAUGCAAGAGCAUCAAAGAGAUACGAAAAGGCUGCUAAAUUUAUUGAAUAUGAUACUAACUUUAGCGAGGAGGAAAAGAAACAGUCAAAAGCUUUGAAGAUCACUUGUAACUUAAAUAAUGCAGCUUGCAAGUUGAAACUGAAAGAUUACAAGCAGGCGGAGAAGCUGUGUACCAAGGUGUUGGAGACCGAGAGUACAAAUGUUAAAGCUCUUUACCGGAGAGCUCAAGCAUAUAUUAACAUGGUGGAUUUUGAUCUGGCUGAAUUUGACAUUAAAAAAGCUCUUGAGAUUGAUCCUGCAAACAGGGACGUGAAACUUGAAUACAAAGCUCUGAAGGAGAAAGUUAAGGAAUACAAUAAGAAGGAUGCGAAAUUCUAUGGGAACAUGUUUUCCAAGUUAAAUAAGUUGGAUGUCAACUCAAAUAAUUCUGCUUCCAAGGAACCACAGCCGAUGAGCAUAGAUAGCAAGGCAUGACUGUUAUAAGCAGAUCAGUAUUAUUUUUAUGGCAUCUUGUCGGUUGUGUAGUGCUGGAUCUCUGAUGCGGGAGAAUUACACUGGGUUUAUGGAAUUAGUUUUUAGCUAUGAAAAAAAUUUAAUCUCUUGUAUGGAAUUUAGCAGAUUUUAUUCGCUAAAAACUAGGAAUUCGGAAUUGCUGAGCUCGCCUAAUAUUGUCGAAAUCAUGGCAAUUCUUCUACUUGCAUGGGUUUUCAAGUUUGAUGAUAGUGUCAAAGCUAACUGAUCUACAUCUUCCUUUUA